CGCUGGUUUCUGCCCUAAUGCGGUGCACGAAGAGAGGGACAGCUCCCUGACAGCCUGUCACACAGUCCUGACCGUCCGGCAGCUCGUCCUGGUCACCUCCAGCCCUGCACCCACCCAGAGUGUAGGACGCCUCUGCAUCAUCCCAGCAUCUUGUAUCUACGUGCAGAUGCCUCUCCCUCUACACCGGACGGGCAUAUAGCGGUGCGCCUACAGAGCAGCAGCUUGUGCUCCACCGCAGCGCUCCACAUUCCUGCAGCAUCACCCGGCCGGGCGGCGGAAUUGCGCAGUCACAGGACCAUUGCGGACAUCGGGACCGGCAGAUAUGACAGAUUGAAACAACAUCUAGAGAGGGCCGAGGGACACUUUUGGAGAUCUGCUCUGCGCAGGUUGAAGCAGGCUCACUCACCCUACACCCCCGGGAACAGAAUGAAGUCUCACCCUGGUUUACGGAUAUCUUUUAUCCUGUCCUUUCUCCAGUUGGUCUUGGCUAUUAAAGUUCCUCUGGACCCAACCAUUGAACGAGACCUGUAUCAGCCCCCAACCAUCAUCAAGGAAUCGGAAAAGAAUUAUAUUGUUGACCCACGUGAUAAUAUCAUGAUAGAAUGUGAGGCUACAGGAAACCCAUAUCCAACAUUUAGCUGGACACGAAACGGGAAAUUUUAUAACGUAGCCAAAGACCCAAAAGUCUCAUUCCGCAGGCGUUCUGGGACCCUUGUCAUAGACAUAUAUGGGGGUGGUCGGCCUGAGGACUACGAAGGAGAAUAUCAGUGCUUUGCUCGCAAUCGGCAUGGAACAGCCCUUUCAAACAAGAUUUUACUGCAAGUAUCAAGAUCCCCACUGUGGCCAAAGGAAAACCUGGACCCAGUUGUCAUAAAUGAGGGCGCUUCCCUCAUUCUUCAGUGCAACCCCCCACCCAGUCUUCCCCCUCCAGUCAUAUUCUGGAUGAGCAGCUCAAUGGAGCCGAUUGCACAGAAUAGACGAGUGUCUCAGGGUUUGAAUGGGGAUCUAUACUUCUCUAAUGUCCUGCGUGAAGACGCACAGACAGAUUACAGCUGCAACGCUCGCUCCCAUUUCACACACACUAUCCAGCAGAAGAACGCCUACACUCUCAAAGUCGUGACCACCCGUGGAGUAUCAGAGAGAACUCCAACGUUCUUGCUGCCUACGGGCACUUCUAGCACUAAGCUGGUGUUACGGGAUGAAGAUCUCCUGCUUGAAUGCAUUGCCUCUGGAGUACCAACUCCAGAAAUCAUGUGGUACAAGAAGGGAGGGGAGUUGCCAAGCCAAAAACUCAAGUUUGAGAACUUCAACAAAACUCUUCGUAUUUCACGAGUGUCGGAGGAAGACAGUGGAGAGUAUUUUUGUCAAGCGUCUAACAGGAUGGGCAGUAUAAGGCACACUAUCACUGUUCGAGUGAAGGCGGCACCUUUUUGGUUGGAUAAACCUAAGGACCUGAUCUUAGCUCCUGGAGAAAAUGGUCAAUUGGUGUGUCGUGCCAAUGGCAAUCCUAAACCUACUGUUCAAUGGAUGAUGAAUGGAGAGCCGUUAUCAGUAACAGAUCCAAACCCUAAUUUUGAAGUUGCUGGUGACACCAUCAUCUUCCGUGAAGUGCAGAGCGGAAACAGCGCAGUGUUUCAGUGCAACGCAUCCAAUGCCCAUGGCUAUCUGUUGGCUAAUUCCUUUAUCAACAUCCUGGAUGUUCCCUCACGAGUUCUGGGCCCUCGGAAUCAACUUAUAAGAGUAAUUGAGUACAACAGGACUCAACUAGACUGUCCGUUCUUUGGCUCUCCUAUUCCCACACUUCGGUGGUUUAAGAAUGGACAGGGCAGUAACCUGGAUGGAGGAAAUUACCGGGUACAUGAAAAUGGUACCCUAGAGAUUAGUGUUGUAAGGAAAGAAGAUCAGGGCAAAUACACCUGCGUUGCCACCAACAUCCUUGGAAAUGCUGAAAAUACUGUGCGGCUGGAGGUCAAAGAGGCUACCCGUAUAAUUAAGGGGCCAGAAGAUCAGAUAGCUAGACGAGGCACCACAGUGCGCUUGGACUGUAGAGUAAGGAGUGAUUUAUCCCUGAGAUUAACAGUAAUAUGGAUGAAGGAUGAUACACAGCUGUACAUCAGCAGCAGAAUGAAGAAAGAGGAUGAUGCUCUCGUUAUUUUUGGGGUAGCAGAGAGGGACCAAGGCGCAUACACCUGUGUGGCCAAAACUGAGUUGGAUCAGGACUUUGCUAAAGCCUAUCUCACCAUUCAAGAAACCUCCACCUCACCUACUAGCCGACUGACAACACUACAAAGAGAUAAACCAGAUCCCCCCAUGGACUUGGAGUUAACCGAACUUGCAGAAAGAAGCGCCCAGCUCACGUGGACAGUAGGCAGUGAUAACAACAGCCCUAUAACAGGUUUUAUUAUACAGUUUGAGGAGAACCGUUACCAACCAGGUACCUGGCACAACCUUGCCUCAGUUCCUGGUAAUGUGAACACUGCUUUGCUUCGUCUUUCUCCAUAUGUCAACUAUCAGUUUCGCGUUUUGGCAAUAAAUGAUCUGGGAAGCAGUAUGCCCAGCCCAUCAUCGGAGAGAUACCAAACUAAUGGGUCACCCCCAGAAGUUAAUCCAAGUGAUGUUCGUGGAGCGGGAACUCGUAAAGACAAUAUGGAGAUCACAUGGACACCACUGAACUCCACACAGGCAUAUGGUCCCAAUCUACGCUACAUUGUAAAGUGGCGGCAGCGUCACACAGGAGAGCCAUGGAGCAAUAUCACAGUCUGGACAAAUAAGCACGUAGUGUGGAACACUCCUGUAUACACCCCUUAUGAAAUAAGGGUGCAGGCAGAAAACGAGUUUGGCAGGUCACCAGAACCAAGCACUGUGAUUGGAUACUCAGGAGAAGAUUAUCCUAAAGCAGCACCAACUGACAUUAAACUGAGGGUCAUGAACAGCACUGCUAUCGCCCUCCAGUGGACACGUGUGGCCCCUGCUUCUGUCCAAGGAAGUCUCGUGGAAUACAGAGCAUAUUACUGGAGGGAAAGUAGUUUGCUCAAGGGACUUUGGGUCUCCCGAAAGAAGCUGCAGCAGAGUUUUAUUGGGGACCGUGUACGCGGGAUCGUGUCCUUCCUGAUACCUUACAGCAACUACAAAUUAUACAUGGUAGCAGUGAACGGCAGAGGGGAUGGCCCGAAGAGUGACAUUAAAGAUUUCACUACACCAGAAGGAGUGCCCAGUCAGCCCAAAAAUUUUAGAUUCCAUGAACCGAACAAUGAAUUGAUUAUCUUAGAAUGGAAUCCUCCAGAACACCCCAAUGGAAAUUUGACAGGAUACAGCAUUCGCUACCAAGCAUUCAAUGGUUCCAGAUUUGCAAGACCCAUGGUUGAUGUAUUGUCACCAAACCAAACAAAAUACACUAUAACAAGGACGGAUCCGAUAUCUCGUUAUCGCCUCACCUUAAGUGCAAGGACCCAGGUUGGAGCUGGGGAAGCAGUCACGGUUGAUACGCCUCUCAGGCAGGAUGAAGUUCCCCCUACUUCAGCGCCUGAACACUGGGACAUCAAAAUUUCCCCCAACAGCCACUGGGCAAACAUCACCUGGGUAUAUAAUGUACAGAUGGGCACUGAGGUUAUGGUUGAGUAUAUUGACAGUAAUAACAUGAGCAGAACUGUUCCCGUUAGGGGUCAUCCCCCUGCAUCAAUUCAGCUGUCUGAUCUGGUCCCUGGGAUGACCUACAGAGUACGGGUUUAUUCCCAGGAGCACCACGCGGUCACAAGCCCAUUUGUGACUUUCGAGACCAACUCAGCUUACACAAAGAACCAGGUGGACAUUGCUACCCAGGGCUGGUUCAUUGGACUCAUGUGUGCAGUCGCUCUCCUGGUGCUCAUCUUAUUGAUAGUUUGCUUCAUCAAGAGGAGUCGAGGAGGAAAAUACCCAGUGAGAGAAAAGAAAGAAGUGGCACUAGGUCCUGAAGAUCAGAAAGAUGAAGAUGGUUCAUUUGACUACAGUGAUGAAGACAACAAGCCACUUCAGGGCAGUCAGACUUCAAUAGAUGGAACUAUAAAGCAACAAGAGAGCGAUGACAGCCUUGUGGAUUAUGGUGAAGGAGGAGAAGGACAGUUUAAUGAAGACGGCUCCUUUAUAGGGCAGUAUACAGUUAAAAAGGACAAGGAUGAGACAGAGGGUAAUGAAAGUUCAGAAGCCACCUCACCAGUCAAUGCCAUAUAUUCCCUGGCAUAGGACAAUUCCCACAUCCCAUCUUAUCUCAAAUUCUACCACAUCCAUGUCUUUGCCUCUCUGAGCUCUCCUAGGAACACCAGAUACCCUUUUCACCCGGCUAGUUAACAAUAGGAAACAUGUACCUAUGGAGAUUCCUACUAUUAGAAGAACCUCAUCUGCAGUUCAGAAAAACGCCACAAGACGUGGAAUCAUGGACAGCUUUCUUCUUCUACAGCUGCUACAGUGUCUGCCCAAACCACAUGCACAGUAUUACUUGCUGGGACAUUAUCUCAGCCAUGCCUUGCAGUCUGUUGACUAUAGUUCCAUUCAGUUCCACAGGAGGAAGACAAUGACCUAAUAUUCACUGCUGUCUGAUGUCCACUAAAUUUCAAUCUAGGAAGAUUGAAAUCCAUUCAGAUUGAAGUCCACUCAUUUUCACUCUGGGAACAAUUACCAUGUUUCACUUAAAGAUCAGAGAGUUUUACCCCAGUAGGAGACAACUUCUGAUUGGAAUAAAAGGAACGUAUUAUUUUUUCACCUUGCAAUGUGGGAAGGCAAUGGGAUAAGUGAUCUAAAACUCCUUUUAACUGUUCCCAUCUAGCAAAGAGGUCAUGUAACUAUUAAUUUCCCCACCUCCUGUUUUAAUGUGAAUGUUUGUUGUGCUCCAGGGUUUUCUGUAAUAUAGACCAUAUAGGGCAAUAAGGCACUCUGGAUAUGUGCUUCAUUAUCAUUCCCCUCAGGACAGCAUUCAACGCUAUAACUGCUUGUGGGAGCCUGGCAAUGCCAUUGGACAUGCCCCAGCAUCAUGGAGCUGUUGUCCAUUGAUUGUAGCUGCUACUUUUACAUAUCCCAUUGUCUGAUUUUCCAAGGCCAGCUCCUGCCAUUUGCUGCCAGAAGGAUAUGAGUGGAGCCACAGAGGAUACUAAGCAACACAGGCACUGGUACUAACAACAUAAUUGUCCCCAUUAUAUACAUCCAUCCUUAAUUCUUUGUGCCACUAACAAUCUAUGCAGAAAUGAUGUCCAUCCAUGUCCUCUGCUUUUUCCAGAUCACCCUGUUUUUGCCUAUUCUUGUUUUGGGAAAUAAUAGUUGUUGGCACCAGAAUGGGUGGGAGGGAGCCAUCACUGAUAAUGGGUACCUGCUCCUUGCAGCACCUAGAACAUGUCUAAAUGAUUGUGAAUAUAACGAAUGUUUGAGACAUUGGAGGUGGCACUGGUGCUGAUUGUGACAGUAAGUACACCAAGUCAAUGUGUGUGAUGUUGACAUUGCUGCAUGAGUGUGUGUUUUCCAGGAGAGUAUGGCACCCUUGCUGUGCAUCUGUUGUAUGUGUGUCAAUGUCACUGCAGAGGUGCAAGUAAAAUAGGACUUACAGAUGUGCUAUCCCUGCUGAACCUGAGCUAACAAUGCCUUUGAUGUGCAAGGAGGAGGCUGGAACUUCCACUGCUGUACCUGUGAUUACAUAUCGGGUUUGGCAGAGUGUGUACCUAUUAAGGAGAGCUGGCACCGCCUUAGUAUAUCUCAAGCUAUAUCCUGAAGCUUUGCCAAAUCUGGCCUUAAAAAUCACCGGAAAGAAAUGAUAUCACACAUAGGUGCCCCGACCUCUCCAUUUCUAUAACACACACUCUGCCUUGUCUCUCCUUUUGCACUAAAGAUUCCCUCAUAUCUUUUGUUUGACUUGUAAAUAUUAACUUAUAUCCAUAUUUAAUUACCACUCAAAGAAACACUAAUAUAUUUAUAUCACUGUACAUUAACCGCAAGCAUAAUACUGGACUAUUAUAAGGAUUGGGUAGCCCAUAUUGGUCUGUGGCACUGAAAGGGUUAAUUGUAUGCCAAGAGGAAACCCACAGUGCGUCAUAUGGAGACUUGACUUUUUCUUUUGUGCUAUUCUUUGCCAGUCGUAUUUUUUGAGAAAUGAACACUCUCAUAGGAGAAUUGGUUAACUCCUUCAUGCUGGAGAGUCCUGCCCCUCUUAAAAAUUGAGAUGUCAGUGUUUUCUCCUGUUGAAUCUUCAUUUCUAUAGUUUUUUGUUUGGAGCGAGCAGAGAACUGCAUGAGCGCCACUAAUACGUUUAUAUCCGUCUGUCGUCUGUUCCUUGUUUUGUCUUUUUUAAUCACUGUAAAACAAAGAAAUAAAUUCCUUUUUUUUCUUUU